UAUGGAGACUACAAAGGACAUAUGUAUGGUACAAGUGCAGACACAGUGAAAGAUGUUCUCGAUACAGGAAAAAUAUGUAUCAUUGAUUUGGAACCACAGGGUAUCACUGGAGCUAGAACACAUGAACUUAAACCAUAUGUCAUAUUUAUUAAACCACCGAGCAGAAACUGCAUGAGGCAUACUCGAAGAAACGCCACCAUGAUCACAGACUAUUUUGUCAAUAUGAAGUUCAAGGAAGAAGAUUUCCAGGAGAUUGAAGAGUCAGCAAAGAAAAUGGAGGCGCAGUUCGGACAGUAUUUUGACCAAGUGUUGAUUAAUGAUGAUCUGCAGUCAGCCUGUGUUCAACUCCUGUCCAUAGUCCGCCGUGCUCAAGAUGAGCCACAGUGGAUUCCUGCAGCUUGGAUAUGUUCUGACUCUUGA